AAUAACAACCUAUCUAACGGUCUUCUCUCUCUCUCUCUCUCUCUCUCUCUGUUCUUCCUCUGUCCAUGGCGAUCUGAAGAACGGGGGGGGAGAUAGAGAGAAGACUCUUUUCGCCGAAAUCUAAGGCUGUAUUUUCCUUUGUCUUUGCAUAUACGGUGGGGUUAAGAGUAAUUUAUCUUUGGAAGAGAUUGAGAGAUAGUGGGAGCGACAAUGCCUACAUUGGACGCUUUCGAUUCGUUCCUCUUCUCACUAAGCACAUCCUUCUGUAGUCCUCUCGCUGUUUUUGUUCAGAUCCAGGGAUGCUUAAUAUGCUUAACUCUUGCUAUUGGGUGGGCUUUUGCAGCUUAUGUCAGGAAUAGAGAGAUCAAUCAAAUGAAGGAUAGUGUACGGCAUGGUAAUAGCUUUGCCUUUCUUUAUCAUGAUGUUAAUGAACUUGAGCACUCCAAGCAGGUCAAUCUGCCCAGAGUGUCAGUUGUUAUGCCUUUAAAGGGUUUUGGAGAACACAAUCUACACAAUUGGAGAAGUCAGAUCACUUCUCUUUAUGGCGGUCCCGUAGAAUUUCUUUUUGUGGUGGAAAGUAUAGAUGACCCUGCUUACCAUGCUGUAUCUUUGUUAAUAUCAGAUUUCAAGGAUGAAGUUGAUGCUAAGGUUAUUGUAGCUGGGUUAUCAACGACUUGUAGUCAGAAAAUUCAUAAUCAGUUGGUUGGAGUGGAGAAAAUGCAUAACGAGACCAAGUAUGUAUUAUUUUUGGAUGAUGAUGUUAGGCUGCAUCCUGGUUCGAUUGGAGCCCUCACUGCUGAGAUGGAAAAGAAUCCUGAUAUAUUCAUUCAAACUGGAUACCCCCUGGAUUUACCCUCGGGAAGUUUAGGGAGCUACUGCAUCUAUGAAUACCAUAUGCCUUGUUCAAUGGGAUUUGCUACCGGUGGGAAAACAUUCUUUCUGUGGGGAGGGUGCAUGAUGAUGCAUGCCGAUGAUUUUAGAGUUGAUCGCUAUGGUGUGGUCUCUGGACUUCGAGAUGGUGGAUACUCUGAUGAUAUGACUCUAGCAGCUAUAUCUGGGGCUCAUAAGAGGCUCAUUACAUCGCCUCCUGUUGCUGUAUUUCCUCACCCCCUUGCGAGCGAUCUUACUUUAUCAAGGUAUUGGAAUUACUUGAGGAAGCAAACGUUUGUUUUGGAAUCAUAUACAACAAAGGUUAACUGGAUAAUGAAUCGUGCUUUGUUUACUUCCCACUGCUACCUGUCAUGGGGAUUUGUUGCACCGUACUUUAUGUCUAUGAUUCAUAUCACAGCAGCACUUAGAGUUUACAUUAAAGGGUAUUCGCUUGAGGAAACUACCUUGACUUCUGGUGGCUUGUUACUAGUAAGCUGCCUAGCCACAUGCACUGCGAUAGAACUUCUUUCGAUGUGGAAUUUGACAAGGAUAGAGGUUCACCUGUGCAACAUGCUAUCCCCCGAGGCACCCCGACUUUCACUUGCUUCUUACAAGUGGGAUCGUGUAUUCAUUGCGAUGCUAGUGGAUAACUUUUUGUACACUAUCUCUGCAUUUCGUUCUCAUUUUUCUCAGUCUAUCAAUUGGUCUGGUAUCCGAUAUCAUUUGGAGAAUGGAAAGAUAAGCAAGAUUGAAAGAAGCAAGGAUAUGGGUCCAGCUUUUACGGACUUGGGAGGAAAGCAUUUAUAUGGGAAGAAAGGAGCUCCUCCCAAAGUCUCAUUCGUUGGCUCAUUGGCCAGAGCUAUAGCUCAGUGGCGCCAGCCUAAGAAAUAUGAUAUCUAGUUGCUGGUUUUACCC